CUCACCCUCCCUUAUAACAGGCUUAAUGCACUAUGGAUACCUCACUGACUCUGGACUGAUGUCUUCGCCACCUGGGGACUUGUACUGCAUAUCUUUAAGAGUACAACCAUUGGACAAUGAAUGUGAGAUCAUGCACUAUGAGCCAUUGGACAACAAGUACUCCUCACAGCAGGCCUGGUGUGGUCAAUGGACAGCAGAUCCCAUCUCUCAGAGUUCAUGCAGGAACUCCUUGCUCUUCAUCCAGUGGUAGCACCCCAAGCUCAGCUAUGGGAAACCUAUCCACAAACUCCCAUUUAAAGACAUCUCUUGGAGGAGGUGUUGCUCCUCAGAGCAAUGUGACCCAUAGCAAUAUUCACUUCACUGCAUUAAGUCCCAGGAGACAAAUGGUUACAAAUGGGAAGGCUCUCUACCAUACUCCACAACUUCCAGGGCUGCCUGCGCCACAGUUUUUGAUGCCAAAGCAGCAAGAGCAUGGAAACAGUUUAAUGACAAGCACAGUUAAAGGGGGUCUUGCCUUUGGGACUCAGUGCAAGUCAAUCGGAAAAAGUAGCUGCAACAAAUUAAUAGUCACCAGCAGUCCAAUGAUGGUUCAGCGACUGGGACUUCUAUCUCCUCCUGCCCAAAAGGUCUCAACAGCAUGCAACCAAAUCAGCCCUAGCUUACAGAGGGCUAUGAAUGCUACCAACUUGAAUAUACCUCCAUCUGAUACAAGAUCCCUUCUGUCCCGAGAAUCUUUGGCCUCCACAACCUUGAGUCUGUCUGAAAGUCCAUCAAUCCAGAGUGUCAAGCAAGAGUGGCUUCAUGGCUACAGGAUUUUCCCUUCUCUUCCUUCCAGCCAAGGCUCCCCAAAUGGCACAGACCUCGGGGACAUCACAAGUGUUACAUCUGGAAUGUCCAUGUCCAACAAUGUAUCUAGCUCAUUACCAUCUUACUUGUUUGGUGUGGAAAAUAAUUGUUCUCCUUAUCCUAGUCCUCACUAUUCUUCAACCAGGUCUCAUUCAGCCAAAAAGAGGGCCCUCUCUCUGUCUCCUUUGUCUGAUGGAAUCGGGAUUGACUUCAAUACAAUCAUCCGAACAUCCCCCACUUCUCUUGUUGCUUACAUCAAUGGUUCAAGGGCAUCUCCAGCAAACAUCUCCCCUCAGCCUGAGGUCUAUGGACACUUCUUGGGAAUAAGGGGAAGUUGUAUUCCUCAGACUUGCUCUAUUCCAAAUCCUCAAAAAAGACUUCUUGUUGCUAAUUGCAAUGUUGCCCUUCCAAGUUACAGUGAAAGUGGGAACACUGAAUACCAGCGCAUGCAACAGUUGGAACAAAAUAGCCUACAGCCAGCAAUCACUAACAACAUGGUGGUUCAACAAGGAAUAUCUCUGCUAGAUAGCCAAUCUGUGGGCAUUUUAAAAAGUGGGUGUGCUGAUGGUUUUUCUGGGAACACAAUGGACAUGCCAUCUACUUCUCCAGUGGCUCCCCUUGUUCUUCCUCCACCACAUGGUCCACCUCCCCCAUACCACGCACAUCAGCAUGACCUUAUAAACCAUCCCCACCAGAUUUCCUUAGCACCAUCUGUGCAAGGCCCUCUCUUAGAUGAAGAAGGUGAACUGGAUGAGUUUAAUGGCAAGCACUGCUGUUGCUGGAUAGAUUGCAGUGCUACUUAUGACCAGCAGGAAGAUCUUGUGCGGCACAUAGAAAAAAAUCACAUAGACCAGAGGAAAGGAGAAGAUUUCACCUGUUUUUGGGCUGGGUGCCCUCGGAGAUACAAGCCAUUUAAUGCUCGUUACAAACUACUGAUUCACAUGAGAGUGCAUUCAGGAGAAAAGCCAAACAAAUGUACGUUUGAAGGCUGCAAGAAAGCAUUUUCUAGACUAGAAAACCUCAAGAUUCACUUAAGGAGCCACACUGGAGAAAAGCCUUACCUUUGCCAGCAUCCAGGCUGUCAAAAAGCAUUCAGUAAUUCCAGCGACCGAGCCAAGCAUCAGAGGACUCACCUGGACACGAAACCUUAUGCUUGCCAGAUUCCUGGAUGCACCAAACGAUACACAGAUCCGAGCUCUCUAAGGAAGCAUGUGAAGGCCCAUUCCUCCAAAGACCAGCAGGCUCGCAAAAAGUUGCGUUCAAGUAUAGAGCUUGACCAGGACAUUCUCAAUGACUGUCUCACCAUCCAGCCUCUCCAACCUCCUGCAUCUCCCCAGGGUGCUUCAGAAUGCACAAUCAGACAAUCUCCAGGACCUGUGCAUGACAUUUACACAGCAGCCCUGUUCUCCAACACCCACGCCAGUCAAAGUGGAACUGCUACGGGCUCCUUGCCCCCAUCGCACUCGGUGAGCCACGCUUCUCCAGGGCAAAAUGUGCAUGGCAGCCCCCACAACCCACCGACCCAGGUGCCCCCUCUCACAACAGGGGACUCAGAAACAGAAAGAUUUUCAGCUUCUGCUUCUUUUUCUCCACAUCAUAUAAGCCCCAGGAGAAUUUCUGCUCAUCCUCCUUUGAUACAGAAAAGGACAGCACAGCCUUCCAGCAUCCACCAACUUGGAGGAACCCAUCUGAAGGCGUAUGAGCCGUCAGCAAACCUGUCGUUUCAGCCAAACAGCAUCCAAAUCCAAGGUGCUUAUGGGCAGCUGCAAACAUUCUGUUCCCCACAUUAUGCCGACAAUCAGAGAAAUUUGCAACAUGGCGGAACUUGUAAUAUGGUCCCUCCUUUUGAAGACUGUCUUGUACCCUCAUCUAUGGGUCAGGCAGGUUUUGAUGUUUUCCACAGAGCAUUUUCAGCGCAUUCUGGCAUUACAGUUUCUGAUCUUCCAUCAGGCUCUACAGAGAUAUUUGGUGAUUCAUUGCGCAAUGGAACUGAGGACUCCAGUUUCCUUCAAAUAAAUGCUGUAGAUCGUUGCCCAAGUCAACUUUCUUCAGUUUACACUGAAGGCUGAGGAGUGGGGGAAGCUGCACUCCUGCAUCUAAUCCCUAUCAGAACCAUUCUAUUACUGACCAUCUUUUUGUGCUGAGUGCAUUACCCAAGAAACGAAGAAAACACUAUCAGAUAGCACUGACCAUCACAGAUGCAGCUAAUAAAUAUAAGGGGGAGGAUUCUGGUUGAAACUUACUUGCUGAAGUGUAAGCAAUUGCUUUUUUAAUUCAGUCUUUUUUGUGGUAAAACCUCUUCUCAAAGGGAAUGAAUAAGAAAACUACUGCUUCUUAUAUUUCUAGAUGAAUUGUUGAAAUUUUCACCACAGUUUUUGGAAACCCUCUGAAAGGACUCUGUAGAAAUUUGCAACAACUGUUUUGGAAAAAGCAAAAGUGCCUUGCAUAACGAGCCUGUUUGGUGCUUUGCAGGCCCAGUACACAGCCCUGCAGGGCUGAAGACAAGGAGCGAUUUUUGAGACACCAAUUGGAGGUGGAGGCAGCACCAUUCCAGUUUCUUUUUGGAAUCUGGGAACAUCAGAACAAC